AUGUUGAAUCAACCAUUAAAAUAUCAAACUCAAAAAAUAUUGUUUACACCGGCGCUGAAAAGGGCAAGAAAACCUUUCGUCGUGAGAAAUGCUAUAACUGGAAUGUUAUUACUUGGAUUUUGUGGUGCUGUAUAUUCUUAUUCAAUUAUGGCUGUAAAACAAGAUGAUUUAAGUGAUGUACCUAUGCCAUCUUUACCUCCUUCUGAGAAUUUAUCCGAUGAUAAAAAGUGA